UUAUUCGUGAGAACAAUGAAAGCCUACUUAUUGCUUGUCAAUACUUUGAACUGUCAAAACAAAAUUUAUUGGAAUCGGAGAGAGGAUUGAGAGGCGUUAACCGAGAGAGUAUUCCAAAAAAAACCUCUGUUAGACAAAAUGAUUCGCUUCAUUUUAAUUCAAAACCGUGCGGGUAAGACGCGUCUUGCGAAGUGGUACAUGAAUUUCGACGAUGAUGAAAAGCAGAAGCUUAUUGAAGAAGUACACGCCGUAGUCACAGUCAGGGACGCGAAGCACACCAACUUUGUUGAGUUCCGAAACUUCAAGAUAGUGUACCGGCGGUACGCGGGGCUGUACUUCUGCAUCUGCGUGGACGUAAACGACAACAACCUGUGCUACCUGGAGGCCAUCCACAACUUUGUGGAGGUCCUCAACGAGUACUUCCACAAUGUCUGCGAGCUGGACCUUGUCUUUAACUUUUACAAGGUGUACACAGUAGUUGAUGAGAUGUUCCUGGCGGGUGAGAUCCGGGAAACCUCACAAACCAAGGUCCUCAAGCAGCUGCUCAUGCUCAAUUCCCUCGAAUAACUGUCUACAUCUCCCACGCAAGUGCAGCCUCCAGACAUUCAGGUAGUAGCCAAACUUGAAACCUAAAUAGGCAACAGUCUCAAGAUUGGACAGUAAACCCAAAGAAUGUAGAGUUUUAUCAGUGAAACAUGAACAAGAAUUUUCCAUUAUGUUUUAGAAAUAAACGAAUGUACUUGAACUUUGUCCAACAUUGAAACUCUGUUAUUAAAAUCCAGAUACUAAAAUAACAAUUUUACUGCACAAACUUAAGAAACCAAUCUUGCAUUUCAGUCCAAAAUUGGGAAAAAAAAGGGAUGGUUAGAGUUAAUUGAACUAUCAUUUUAGUAUGUAGAAUUUAAAAACAGAGAUUGGAACUUUACAUACCUGUUUAGCCAUUCACUGUUUGUAAUAAAGGUGCGGAGGUAGCUAACAUUGAUACUGCAAUAAUUUGUAUACUACAUGGCACAAGUCUCGCAGCCCCAGAAGGGAACAGUAUUACUUUUGUAGUAAAUACUUGUUAAUGUUACGAAGUAAUUUCUUAUUAUCACUAUUAAUCAUUUAUUUUCUAAAUCUUCUUUGUUUAAUGGAAGAAACAGAAUUAUUCAGACAGUUAGCAUUCCCUUCUUUACCACCAGCAGUAGGUACAUCGUACAUUUACUAUAAGUUGGGUCUUAUUGUGUAUAAAUAAAUGAAAUAUAUGAUCUGUAAUAUUACACUAGGUGUAUAUUAGAAAAUUAGCUUGUGUUGAAGUGUAUAAGUAUGAGUAUUUAAAUAGAUUUAUUUAUUUAUUUUUAAUACUCAUUCCAUUUCUUAAGGUUUUGUAUGAAAUAUAUGUAGGGCUCUGUAGUAGCUUAUAGUAAUGAAUUGGUGAGGAUUUAAAACUUGGCAAUAAUUUAAAAAACACUUUUUUUCAUAGUAACGGUUGAUAAGUUUAUUAUGAAAAAGAAAGUUAAAAUAACUAUAUCUGAGCAUAUAUGAAGACAUUAUGGAAUAAAUAUCUUAGCACUGUGUUAAGUAACACAUUUCACUAUAAAGUGUAUUUGUAUAUAAAAGAUUGUAUUAAUAAGUGUUGUAUGUUUCCCUAGAGAAAUAUCAUGAUUAUGAAAGAGUAAAAUUAAAUCACAUUUAUGACAGAA